AUGCCGAUGUCACGGAUCAAAAAAGUCUAGAUUAACGGUUAUCUCCAAAUUUGCCAGCAGUUGCAUUUGAAGUGUGGAAGGUACUUGGACGUUUUGCACAAUGAAGGCCUUUGUAUGGCUGAAUAUUUUGUUCCUAGUAAAUGUCCAUGGUGCAUUACAGAGGGUAGACCCAUUAGUGCUAAUCGAUCAGGGUCUAGUGAAAGGAAUUAAAGCUGGUGAUGGUGACUACUCAAAAUUCUUAGGAAUUCCAUAUGCAAAAGUGGAUUUAGAUGAUCCGUUUGGGGCUGCACAAGCGGCGCCUGAGUUCGAGGAAGAAAUAUUUCACGCCUAUGAUAACUCAAGGAAAUGUCCUCAAACCGAUUAUGGCGGUAUAAUAUUCUCUGGAAAUUCAGAAGACGAAUCUCCUGAUUGCCUCCAAUUAAACGUAUAUUCACCGAGCAAAGCAAGCACUCUAAAUCCUCUACCAGUUCUCGUUUGGAUUCACGGAGGUGCUUUCAGUGGAGGAAGCGGCAACGAGUAUGAAGCACCCAACUUGGUCAAACAGGGUAUUGUCGUUGUUACAGUUAACUACCGUCUAGGACCUUAUGGCUUCAUGUGUCUUGAUGACCCUGCUGUACCUGGGAAUCAGGGACUGAAAGACCAAUACGCAGCGCUCCGGUGGAUCAGAAACAAUAUUGCAGCUUUUGGUGGCAACCCUUACAACGUCACAUUGGCUGGCCAAAGCGCGGGCUCCGCCUCAGCACUCCUACAGUUGUACUCUUCGAAGGAAAAGUUAUUCAACAAAGUAAUAGCAGAGAGUGGAACUCCACUUAGUCCAUACUUGUUUGUUACUGGAGAUUCAGACGUAGCGGUGAAGCUAGCUAAUUACUUGGGUCUGAACACGACCGACAAUCAGCAGGCCUUAGAAUUUUUGUCUCAAACCCACCACAGUUUAGUCACUGGUGCAUCCUCAGACUUGAAAAUUGAUUUUAUGCCGUGCAAAGAAAAAUCUUUCAGUGGAGUCGAUAAUUUCAUCGACAGCGAGCCUUACGCAUUUUCUAACGAAAGAAAAAUAAGAAAUACUCCCAUUCUUAUUGGUAAUACCGAUCAAGAAUGUUCUGCUGAUGACAUAACACAAAUGAAUGGCGAUGAUUUUUACAAUCAGGACUUCUUCUAUACAAGUCUUAAAGAAAAGUUUAAUUUGGAAAAUGGUCAAUUACAAGAGAUUGCAGAAAUAGUAAGGCACUUUUAUAUAGGAGAUAGGGCUAUUUCAGAAGAAGUUAAAACGGAAGCGGCAGACUUUCUGUCCGAUUUUGUAUUUAACCACCCUAUUCAGGACACGAUAACAAAUUUGAUCAGAGACAAUGCCAAUCCUGUUUAUGAGUAUGUGUUCACCUAUACAGGGGAAUCUGGUGAAAAAGGAGCAUCACACACAGCUGAGCUGGAGUAUUUGUUCGAUUACCAGCAAAAAGACAAAGCACAAUCAGAGGCCGACCAAAUCGUAGCUGAUCGAAUUACUACUCUGUGGGCCAACUUCAUCAAAUAUGGAAAUCCUACCCCGGAGACCACUGACCUGAUCCCCAUCAAGUGGACCCCAGUUACAGAAUCCACCAGGCCCUACCUCAGCAUCGGAGCAGAUCUUGAAAUGCAGGACCGGUUCCUCAGGGAGAGGACCGCUUUCUGGGAGCUCUUCCAGUCAGUCUACGGAAAGUACAGCAACCUAGCUCGACAGUGCGACUACUAAGUGAAGGAAAACACAUUUCUCAUAUUGC